AUGCCAAAUGUGUAUUCAUUAUUAGAUCCUAUACUUUAUUCUUCGUUAAUAAAGAAUAAAACAUAUAAAAACGUAGAAAAUAAUGUUGUUGGUAAAAAAUGCAGUUAUAUAUCAACACCUCAACCUGAAGAUAAAAAUAUAAUUAACGGUCAGUUAAUUGUUUGGAAUUGUCCUGCUGGUUACUUUUGCCCCAAUUUCAACUCUUCGUUUAAAUGCACUCCUGGGUUUUUUUGUCCAAAAAAUUCUGCGCAACCAUCAUACUGUUGUGAAGGCUUUUAUUGUUCUAAAGACACAAAAAAUAUAACUUUAUGCCCACAAGGUCACUUUUGUACUGUUGGAACUGUUACCCCAACAUCUUGUGACUUCCUUGCAAUUUGCCCUUCCGGUUCAGUAAAAGCUAAUAAAAUAUUUGCUUACGCAUUGGGGCUUCUCUUUACAACAGAAAAGCCAGGUCAUGUGAUAUCGUAUGGUUGUUUGGAUCCGAUCUCAGAAACUUUUGACAUUGAAUUCGAAAAUAUAGGACUAGGAAUUAGAGGAAAUUUUCAACAUGGAAGAGCUUGUGCAAUUAUGGGUCCAUCAGGUGCGGGUAAAACUACUUUAAUAUCGAUUUUAACCGGAAAGGUAAAGAAAACAAGCGGAAAAGUCAAAGUUAACGGAGUAGAGGAACCGUUGGAAAAAUACAGAAAACUUAUCGGCUUCGUACCACAAGAAGAUGUAAUGCUACGUGAAUUAACUGUAUUAGAAACCUUGAUGCAUUCAGCGCAAAUGCGUUUGCCAGUUAACAUGGAUCGAACGGCUAAAAAACAAAAAGUCAUUGAAACGAUUAAAUUUUUAAAGUUAGAUCAUGUGAUGCACUCUAAAAUUGGAGACGAAGAAAGACGUGGUAUUUCGGGAGGCCAACGCAAACGUGUAAAUAUUGGAAUAGAAUUGGUUACUGAACCAUCGAUACUGUUUUUGGAUGAACCAACUUCAGGGCUUGAUUCAGUCACGGCGUUAGAAGUAUGUACGAUGCUAAAAAAUGUUGCUAAAAAUCGGAAAUUAACCGUGGUUGCAAUUAUCCAUUCACCGUCUCCGCAAGUUUUUAAGACAUUUGAUGAUCUUUUGCUGUUGGACAGCAGAGGAGGUCUUGUAUACUUUGGAAAAACAAAUAAAGCAAAAAAUUAUUUUGAAAGUCUCGGUUAUAAUUUUCCAGAUGAGAAAGAAGAAAGUUUAGCUGAUUUUAUUAUGAAAAUUGCUUCUGGAAAUGUAAAACCAAUAAGACGCAUGUCUUAUCCACAUCAAAGAUACACGUUUCACCCAGGCCUUGUAUCUAUUGACGUUUCCGAAAAUGAAUUAUUAGAAUCGAAACAUAAGCCUAAAAAGCUAGAAAUAAUUUUUCAAAUAGUUGAAGAUAUCAGAAUAUACAUAAAUGAAGUUAUUUUGGAAUUAAGUAUGUUCUUAAAGUGUUCACUACUAUUCUGGAAACAUGAUCCAAUUCGCGAUACUCCAAAUACGCUUUGCGCAUUUUUAUUAUUGAUUAAACGAGCUUACUUACAAGUUUACAAAAGUUCUACACAAUUCUUAUCGGAUCAAAUCAUGCAUCUCUUUUGUGGUACUUUUUCUUCAUUGGCGAUUUCAACAUCUGAAUUUAAAGGAAAACCACCUAAUGAAAUCUGCGAAAUUGCCCCAUAUGUGCUCAAGGCUACAUGCGUUGUCCCUCUUGAUCGUGUUAAGACUAUUGGAAUGUUCAUAACAGUUGGAAUAACAUUUGCAGCAGCUAGUGCUGGAACUUCAACAUUUGGAUUCGAAAAAGCUGUUUAUUGGCGCGAUGUCUCAUCUGGAAUGAAUACUAUUCCAUAUUUUUUGGCUAAACUUAUUAACGAUUUUCCUCGAAUAAUUAUCGCAGCUAUCAUGUUUUCAUUAUCCCUUUUUGUAUUUUACCCAUUUGAAGCUAAGUUAUAUGAGAUAUAUGUUAUCGUUCUUUCAAAUUAUUUUACUUCAUGGAUUAUGGGUUAUUUUAUAUCAAUUCUUGUUCGAAAAGAAAAAUUCGGAUUGGUUUGUACAGUAUUCGCUCUUGCUUGGGGGUUAGUUUUUAGUGGUGGAUCCCUUACUUUGGAUGAUAUUAAAAGCAAUAACUCCUAUAAACCUUUAGAAUGGUUAUGGGAAAUUUCAGCACAAAGAUGGGUGGCCGAAGCAAUUUAUCUUAGAGAUUUGGCUCCUAGAUCAUGGAAUGAAAUUAAAGAUGAAAAGUUAAAAUAUACUUAUAGUUUUGACGAUUAUCCUAUAUGUUUCUUUUAUAUUUUCUGUAUUGCUCUUGGAUGGGCUCUUCUGGCUCUUUUUGCUUUGAAAUUAAUGCAUAGAGAUAAACAAAAGUAA